UCAGCCCCCCCCCGCGAUGCGGGGGGCCCCCGAGGGGAGCGGCUCGGGGGCGGAGAGCCCCGUCCCCGGGACCGCGUCGCUUGCCGCUCUGGGCCUCGGUUUCCCCAUCUGUGAAAAUGCGGCGCUCCUCUAGUCCGUUGAGCCUAUGAGCGCAGGCCCCCCCCAGAAUGGAGCCCCUGAAGAACUUGCUCCUCAAGAGCCCCCUCGGGACCUGGAACGGAGGGGGGCGGGCCGAGGGCGCCCCCAAGACCGCCUACUCCAACCCCGUCUGGACGGCGCUCUUUGACUAUGAGGCCAGCGGCCACGACGAGCUGACCCUGCGCAAGGGCGACCGGGUAGAGGUGCUGUCCCGGGAUGCGGCCAUCUCCGGAGACGAGGGCUGGUGGGCGGGCAAGGUGGGCGACCAGGUGGGCAUCUUCCCCUCCAACUACGUGUCCCGGGGCGGCCCCCCGCAACCCGAGGUGGCUCGCUUCCAAGAGCUGCGCUUGGAGGAGGUGAUCGGAGUGGGGGGCUUCGGGAAGGUGUACCGGGGCAGCUGGAGGGGCGAGCUGGUGGCGGUGAAGGCCGCCCGCCAGGACCCCGACGAGGACAUCAGCGUGACUGCAGAAAGCGUCCGCCAAGAGGCUCGCCUCUUCGCCAUGCUGGCGCACCCCAACAUCAUCGCGCUCAAAGCUGUCUGCCUGGAGGAGCCCAACCUCUGCCUGGUUAUGGAGUACGCCGCAGGAGGACCCCUGAGCCGGGCGCUGGCCGGCCGCCGCGUCCCCCCUCACGUGUUAGUUAACUGGGGGGUGCAGAUAGCCAGGGGCAUGCACUACCUCCACUGCGAGGCUCUCGUGCCUGUCAUCCACCGGGACCUCAAGUCGAACAACAUCCUGCUGCUGCAGCCGGUGGAGGGAGAUGACGUGGAGCAUAAGACCCUGAAGAUCACUGACUUUGGCCUGGCCCGAGAGUGGCACAAGACCACCCAGAUGAGCGCGGCAGGCACCUAUGCUUGGAUGGCCCCCGAGGUCAUCAAGGCAUCCACCUUCUCCAAGGGCAGCGACGUCUGGAGCUUUGGGGUACUGCUGUGGGAGCUGCUGACGGGAGAGGUGCCCUACCGCGGCAUCGAUGGCCUGGCCGUGGCCUAUGGAGUCGCCGUGAACAAACUCACCCUGCCCAUCCCUUCCACCUGCCCUGAGCCCUUCGCUCAGCUCAUGGCCGAGUGCUGGGCACAGGACCCCCACCGCCGGCCAGACUUCUCCGUCAUCCUGCAGCAGCUGGCCGCCUUGGAAGCGCAGGUGUUGAGGGAAAUGCCUCGGGACUCCUUCCACUCCAUGCAGGACGGCUGGAAGCGGGAGAUCCAAGGGCUCUUCGACGAGAUCCGGGCAAAGGAGAAGGAGCUGCUGAGCCGCGAGGAGGAGCUGACCCGGGCGGCGCGGGAGCAGCGCUCCCAGGCCGAGCAGCUGCGCCGGCGCGAGCACCUGCUGGCGCAGUGGGAGCUGGAGGUGUUCGAGCGCGAGCUGACCCUGCUCCUGCAGCAGGUGGACCGAGAGCGGCCUCACGUGCGCCGCCGCCGGGGCACCUUCAAGCGCAGCAAGCUGCGCGCUCGGGACGGCGGCGAGAGGAUCAGCAUGCCUCUGGACUUCAAGCACCGGAUCACCGUGCAGGCCUCUCCUGGCCUGGACCGGAGGAAAAACGUCUUCGAGGUCGGGGCCGGGGACUCGCCCACUUUCCCACGCUUCAGGGCCAUCCAGUUGGAAGCUGCAGACACAGGACAGGUUUGGAGGGGCCAGUCCCCACGACGCUUAGAAGACCCAGGAAAUGGGGAGCGCAGGCCAUGCUGGGCCUGGGGGCCGGGUUCCCCUAAGCCAGGGGAGGCUCAGAAUGGGAGGAGGCGGUCCCGAAUGGAUGAGACCACCUGGUACCUGGACUCCAAUGACCCGUCUCCCCUGGGGUCUCCAUCCACACCCCCUACAAUCAAUGGUGAUGUCCGCCCCCCAGAGCCAGAGGAGUCACGGCGAACAGGCCCCUCAGACCGGAGCGGGACUCCAAAGAUCAUCCAGCGUGCCCUGCUCCGUGGGACGGCUCUGUUGGCAUCCCUGGGGCUGGGCCGGGACCUGCAGCAGGCUGGUAGCGGGGCCCGAGACAAGGGAGAGACCACCCCCGAAGAGGCAUCAUCGUCACCCCCUUCCCCCCUUAUUCGCUUCUCUCCCAAAACUCCAGAGGCCCCAACUUCUCCAGUGAGCCUGGACACUGAGGCGCCUCCAAGCCCCCCACUGCUUGACCUGGGAACCCCAGGAGGGCAGCCCUCUGCCAAAAGCCCCCGUCGAGAGGAGGAGACGCGGGGUGGGGCUGUCUCUCCCCCUCCCGGGGCCUUCCGUUCCCUUCCCGGAACCCCACGAUCCCCAACGCUGGGCCUCAUUGGCAGGCCUCGGCCUUCGCCCCUCCGGAGCCGCAUUGACCCCUGGAGUUUCGUGUCCACUGGACCCCGCCCAUCCCCACUUCCAUCUCCACAGCCCGCCCCACGUCGAGCUCCCUGGACCCUGUUCCCAGACUCAGACCCCUUUCGGGACCCCUCACCCUUCAACCCUUUUGGCCCAGAGUCCCCCCAGAACAGCAGAGCCCAGACCAAAGACAUGGGGGCCCAGGCUCCUUGGGGAGCCACAGAGCCAGAGGAGAGCCCCUGAGGGAGGGGAGCAAGGCAUACCCCACAGUGAGGUGGGAGUGUCUCAGAACCUUUCAGGGACCUGGCCCUGGGGAGGUAGAUGCCCCCCAAGGGGGACCUUCAGCCAGAGCCACUGUAUACACUGGAAAAGACCCCCAAAGGCCACUAUGUGCAUGGGGCUGAUGGCCCCUGCCCACUCUUCCCCUAGUCCCUCUGGAAGGGGCUGAGCAGUCCCUAGGAACUAGGACCUUUCCCCUGCUGCCUCAGUUUCUCCCAGAGGCUCUUGGUUUUCCUCUAUGGUGGCCCCCUUUUCUAGGAGGGGGCACAAGAGAGGGAUGAAACAUCCCUUGCCUGGAACACUACGCUGCACCUGAAGCCUUAACACUGAACCGAGGGGAGUCCAGAGGGGAGGUUGGGCUCACCCCUGCCUCUCCAAUCUCUAGGGGGACCUCUGAAGCCAUCCCCUUGCCCCUCCUCUUCCCCUCCUGGGGCUGGGCACUGUAACUGGCUGGUUUAGGGGGCACCAGAACCUGUCUCAGGGAAUCACUGUCUGCCCUUCGCCAGGCCUGGGGCGGGGGGAGGCAGGGAGUGCAAAGUUAUGUGGUUGUGGCCCCUGGGGACGGAGAGGGAUGGGGCUGAUGUGUCUGGGAUGAGUGACUGGGCCGUCACCCCACUUGGAUUCCAUCCCACUGUUGCCCCAAAACAGUAGCCCAGAGGGUGUCUGGGUUGGGGACUCUUCCCUUGAGGACAUCAGGAGUGGACUCCCCAGUGCGGGGACUCGGGGACUCCCAGAGCACUGCCUCCACCUCCCCACCCUGGUCUGGAGGUCACAGCCCAGAGUGCUACUGAAACCAAAUAAACUCUUCAGCUGUC